CUGUUUCUCUCCGAACCAAACCCCCCCUCGAGCGAGCGCCUGGACGCUGUGAAUGUCUGGUGGGGACUAUCCCUGCAUGCUGCUGACGCAGCGCCUUCCCGGGGACUUUUGAGGCAGGGAGGGGACGUGUGUGUGGGCACCGAGCACCCCCUUUCACACUUGGAUCAGUUCCGCUUUUUUCCUUUUUCUUUUUUUUUUUUUUCCUUUUCCCCCUGGUGGUGGUUGCUGUGUUUUUGUUUUUUCUGUUUUUGUUUUUGUUUUGGAUUUUUUGUUUUUGUUUUGGAAGGGGCUGGGUUUGUUGGUUUCACGGAGACGUUUAACUACCUGUAACCUGUAAACAUGGCCGUCAGCGUCACCCCGAUCCGGGACACCAAGUGGCUGACUCUGGAGGUCUGUAGGGAGUUCCAGAGGGGGACCUGCUCACGGCCAGACACGGAAUGUAAAUUUGCGCACCCUGCCAAGAGCUGCCAAGUGGAGAACGGACGCGUGAUCGCCUGCUUUGACUCGCUGAAAGGCCGCUGUUCCCGGGAGAACUGCAAGUACCUGCACCCGCCCCCGCACUUGAAGACACAGCUGGAGAUCAACGGCCGGAACAACCUGAUCCAGCAGAAGAACAUGGCCAUGCUGGCCCAGCAGAUGCAGCUGGCCAACGCCAUGAUGCCCGGGGCGCCGCUGCAGCCCGUGGUGAGCCCCCAGCCGAUGUUUUCUGUCGCACCGAGCUUGGGCACCAACGCGUCCGCCGCCUUCAACCCUUACCUGGGCCCUGUGUCGCCGAGCCUCGUCCCCGCGGAGAUCUUGCCGACGGCCCCCAUGCUGGUGACUGGGAACCCCGGGGUGCCCGUGCCUGCUGCAGCCGCCGCUGCCGCGCAGAAGCUGAUGCGGACGGACAGACUGGAGGUGUGCCGGGAGUACCAGCGUGGCAACUGUAACCGCGGGGAGAGCGACUGCCGCUUCGCGCACCCGGCGGACAGCACCAUGAUCGACACCAACGACAACACGGUGACCGUGUGCAUGGACUACAUCAAGGGCAGGUGCUCCCGGGAGAAGUGCAAGUACUUCCACCCGCCCGCACACCUGCAGGCCAAGAUCAAGGCCGCCCAGUACCAGGUCAACCAGGCGGCAGCUGCGCAGGCCGCAGCCACCGCGGCCGCCAUGACUCAGUCGGCUGUCAAAUCACUGAAGCGACCCCUCGAGGCAACCUUUGACCUGGGCAUCCCUCAAGCCGUCCUCCCUCCGUUACCAAAGAGGCCUGCUCUUGAAAAAACCAACGGUGCCACGGCAGUCUUCAACGCGGGCGUCUUCCAGUACCAGCAGGCCCUGGCCAACAUGCAGCUGCAGCAGCACACGGCGUUCCUGCCGCCAGGCUCGAUUGUGUGCAUGGCGUCCGCUCCAAGUCUUGUUCCCAUGGUGCACGGCGCUACGCCAGCUACUGUGUCCGCAGCGACAACAUCUGCCUCCAGUGUGCCCUUCGCUGCGGCAGCCACGGCCAACCAGAUACCCAUAAUAUCUGCCGAACAUCUGACUAGCCACAAGUAUGUAACCCAGAUGUAGAACUUUCAUCAGUAAACAGUCGUACUGAAGAGGAAGGGACAGUGUGCUUGGAUGGAGGAGAGAAUGAGAGCGAGCGAGACCAUUAGCCAUAUUGUAUAUACGUCAAGUGACACCCACCGACACCCUCAACCACAGACAUCACCUCUUGCAUGAGACCCAGAAGGCCGGGCCGGAGCCGCACACUGUCGCCUGACGCCUCGGACGUGGCUCGGUCCGGGUGCGAGGUGGCGCUCCUGCCCCUCAGACCACCGCCGUCUUAGUUCCUAGCACAGUUUGCUCGCGAGGCGCGCCGGGGUGGGUCCCCUGCCACCCGGCCGCCUCGGAGGGCCGACCGAGGUGACCACGGUUCUGGUAGCAUUGGUACGCCUGUAGACCAAGAUAUAAUUUUUUAAAAACUAAGUUUAUUUCUUUCAAGGUUUACAAAAACAAAGGUGCACCUUGUAUUUGCAAUCGCCGUUGCCGCGGAGAGCGCGUGCCGUCGUUUCCGUUUGAGAGAGAGAGUUCUGGUGUGAGAUUGUGAGGCGUGGUGGGGGUCUGACCGACGAAUGUGCCAAGCAGGGCCGCAGCUGUGUGUCUUCAAAGCACAUCAUGGCUUAAGGACCAUGUUGUCAAGGAUUCUCAUGAAGUGCCAUAGACUGCAUCAAAUCGAGUAUUAUUUCUUCAGUGUUACUUUCCGAGCCCGGGACUCAGCAGGCAAAGGGCACCAUUCUUUCUUGUUUUGUUUUGUGUUUUGAAACCAAAGCUGUCUCAGAAAUGGCCAACUUAAUCGCAGCACUCACGGGCAGCACAACACACACACUCUCGAGACAGACAGACUCACACCUACUGGAGAUAUAUAAUAGAUAGAUAGAGAGAUAUAUAUAAAGUUAUUUUAACACAUCGUCGUGGACUAUUCAUGCCCACUAGACCGUCUAACACGCCACUUCAAAAGGGAUGUGCCAUUUCUGAGACACGAGGACAAAAGAGAUGUUUGAAGACGUUAUUUUGCUUCUAUUUAUAGCUCUGUGAAAAGUCAAAAGACUAUAAAUGCUUUGCAGAAAUGCUUUUUCAUUUGCUCACCAGUCACAUUUAACGGUAAGAGUGACUCUAAAAGAAGCAAGCAGGUCUGUCAUCAGAUGCAUGAAAAAACCAAAAGAGUUGAAAACGGAAACGUUUGAUGAGCCUAGCCACUGGGUGGGUUAAGUACAUGGGUGAAUUUUAUAUAUUUUUGUUGUUGUUGUGGUUCAGAUUAACUGCUUAUAGCCUUAGAAAGCCUUUUACAAAAUUUUAAGAGAAAUAGAUGUGCAUUCAGUUUUUAAGAAUGGAUUUAUCCAAAGGAAGUCUUUUCUUUGCUUUCUUUCCUUUCUGUCUUUUUCUUUUCCUUGUGGUGUGGAUGUCGCAGCUAGGCAAGGGUAUUUUUGCUCUGUUCGGCGGUUCUGGUUCUGCAAACAGCCGGGCGGGGGCGUCACUGGUAGUCGGGAGUGGGGAGGGAGAAGUGGGGUUCCCUUGCAGAACCCCCGUACUCCCGCGUUUGCUGCAGGUUUUGAUGCUUGGGAAAGAAGCUUUCUAGUUCCAGACUGGUGUCGAUUUUACUGAUUGUACUGUGCAUCUAUUAUGCCUUAGCUACAUUACGGGUUGGAGCCCAUACCAAUGUGUCCCAAUCGUGUUCAGAGAGUGAGGGGUCUCACGUUAUUGUAGUUAGUGACAUUAGAGAAUAGGACUUAUUUUUCUUGUUAAAAGGUAGAUUUUCAUUUCCUACAUUUAUUAGAUUUCAUUUUCUAUUAACAAUUGAAUACCAUUUCAGUUUAUAGACUAUUGUUUUAUUAGAUGUUACCGUUGAAUUUUUUCAAAAUACAAAAAAAAAACCCUUAAAGGUAGUUUUCCUUCAUAACAUACUCAGUUUUGAAUUACAUGUAGUGUCAUAUGAAUAUUCGUAUUAUUGUUAACUAAAUGAUUUAUAUUUUACUGAUUUAAUAUUAAAGUGUAAGAAUGUCAGUCUUGUUCUUGUCUAGUUUUCAUUAAAAAGAACAAAGAUCUUUUAUAUGGAUAUCUUAUAAAUAUAUAAUCAUUGCUAAGUAAGAAGUUCUGUUGUUGCUAUUGCAACAAUCCUGGCAGACAAUUGAGUAAUAUUUUGAUGAUUUAUUUUGUUUGUAAUUAGUUAUUAUAAGAAGAUCUAGAUCCUAGAUAUUAGAAUAAAAUUUAUUUUCUACUGUAUCCAUUUCAAAUGUUAAAGUAUUGUUUAAUAUUUUUGAAAUCCCUGAAUAUCAGGCCUUGUUAUAAAUAAGCUGCAUAAUCAAUAAAUAGAACAAGGGACUUUUUGUUGAUAAUCCAAAUACUCCAAGUUUACGGAAGGAGAAUGGUAGCGUGUGUGCAACUCCCGAAGGCCAGCUAUGCUGCCUGCAGUGGGAAGCGUGUUGGAGCGACGCGAGAAGCCGACUUUUUGCACUUCUGUAUAUAGUCAAAGAGAGAACCUGUAUAAUAGUAAGAUCUUAUUUUGAAUAAAAUGUCUAUAAUUCCCCGGAGUUUUGUUAAGGCUAGCAGACAGCAGACCGAGCAGGAUCCCUCGCGAAGGUGUCCGCGCCCCAGUGUGCCCUCGCUUUUGUGCACAGCUUGUAGUUCGCCAGGAUAUUCUCCGCGGGAAAGAAACGCCGCCCGCCCGGGUCUCAGACCGACAGACUCCACGGGGCGAAUCCGCCCGAAGACCAUCACCAAAACAGCAGGAACUUCAACCAUUGAGGCGCAGCCAUGGAUCAGAAACUCCUGACAUUUUUCAGAACUACUGCAUGUUUAAAACUUCAACAACAACUACAACAAAACAGAGAAAAAGGACGAUACUUAGGACACACUCAAACCUGUUUCUGCCAACCCCGGUGGUUUCUUGCUCACACACACACACACACACACACACACACACACACACACACACAGAAUCUUCAGGACAAUAUUGCCUUUCACAAGAUCUCGACCAUCUGCAGGCAAAGCGAACAGCUCACCGUAGCUCUAGUCGUUAUGUGAUUGGUUUUUAAUUGCUAUAGGAUCCUGUUCUUCCAGCAGGGGAGGGGAUAGAACACAGUUCAGAUUGCACGGUUUGACUUCCCUCUGAGAAGCACUAGACAUGGCAGAGUGGCCAGGCAGGCACUUGAAUCUGCCUCCAGCCUCCCCCGGCUGGUGGCCGAGUGGCACUUACCAGCACCCCUGCACACCUGCUGAAAGAACAGACGCUUGGUUUUACUAUUAUGUAAUCAAAACUUACUUUCUGCUUGUAGUUGCCUAUAAAUUACGUAUUUUGUCUUGGGCUGCAUUUUGUUUUAUGCUUAUUUUAUUAUCACUGCAGUAGUUGGCUUUGCUGUAUGGAAAAAUAAAGUGGAAUUGCCCUAAUAAAACUUCUCUUUCUUAAGUAUA